CAAUCUUCUCGUGGGCGCAGCAGAUUCAGCGGUGCUAUUAUCUGAAAACGUUUUUUUUGCACAUCCCUGUUCUCACCACAUAGCAAGAUAUUGACAAACAACAUGGAUUCUGACAGUGAUGAUGACAAUGUGCACUUUGGGACUCCUCUGGAGCCCCUGGAAGAAGGCAGCGCCGCCAAGCGGCGACCACCGGCACUGGAGGAUCAGACGGUGCGUGACGCGCGCGGCCGCCAGCGCUUCCAUGGCGCCUUCACGGGCGGCUUCUCGGCCGGCUUCUUCAACACGGUGGGCUCGCGGGACGGCUUCCAACCGGCGACGUUCGUGUCGUCGCGCUCGAGCCGCGCCGAGGGCCGGUCCGCAAGACCUGAGGACUUCAUGGAUGACGAGGACCGGGGUGAGCACGGGAUAGCGCCCCAGCGCGUGCAAGCCAAGUCGGACUUCCAGGAGGCGCCGACAGGUGGCACGAAGCGAAGACAUCCACAGUUCGACGAGGGCCCCAUUCCCGGGCAGCCCGUGCUCGAGCAGCUGAUCAAGCCCGUCCGGGAUACGGUGGGGGUGCGGAUUCUGAAGUCGAUGGGCUGGCGGCCCGGCCAGGGCAUCGGGCCCCGCGUCACCCGCGCAGAGAAGAAACAGCAGCAGAAGGUGUACGGCUGCGCGCGCCCUCCCGGCGCCGACUCCGCCGCGGCCGCCGACUCCGACUCCGACUCGGACUCGGACGCUGCGCUACGGGAGGUGCUGCUGGCGCCGGACGACUCGGAGGCGCCGCUGGUGCGGCCCAAGGACGACCUGUUCGGGCUGGGCUACCGCGGCCUGGAGCGGCGCGCCGUGCUGGGGCCGCCCUCCGGCGACCCGACCCUCCGCUACAGGGACGCCAAGGGCAAGCUGGCCGUCCGCGGACAGGCGUUCGGCGUGGGCGCCUUCGAGGAGGAGGACGAGGACAUCUACACCACCGAGGACAUGUCCAACUACGACUUCUCCGAGUCGGGCCCGGAGCGCGCAGCGGACAGCGCGCGGCUGCAAGAGGUACACCGGCUGCUGGCAGAGGCGCCAGCGCCGGCCGGUCCCACACUGAAGCCGUUCGCCCGCGAUCCGGAGAAGCAGGCGCGCUACGAGAAGUUCCUCAAGCUGUCGGCCGCCAAUAGGAAAGAGGACUACCGCCUGCUGCUGCCGGCCUCGAUGACCGACUGGGAGCGGGAGCGCGAGGUCAGCGAGUUCGCCCGGGCGGCCCAGCUGUUCCGGCCGCUGGCCGCCUCGCUGGCCGACCGGUUCGUCUCAGCGGGCACCGCCGAGCAGGAGCGGCCGACGCCGGCCGCCCGGCCCGCCGACGACCCGGCGGCCGAGGCGGCGCGGCGCCGCAUGUUCGGCCCGCUCACCAGGCGGCGCCAGGAGUGGCACCCAGCGCCGCUCCUCUGCCGCCGCUUCAACGUCAAGAACCCCUACCCGCAUUCGAGCCUGGUAGGCACGCUGGGCUCCGGAAGCGGCCCUUCGCGCUCGCAGUUCGAGGCGCUGGACACGCCCGCCCUGGAGGCGCCGCCUGCCGCCGAGCCGACGGCAGCGCCAUCUGCGUCCGCCGCCCAGUCGGAGCCGGGAGGGCACCCCAAGAGCGGCCGGUUAAUGUGGGACCUGCUGCUGGCUGACGAGGCGGCGCAGGCGGAACGGGGGCAGGCGGGUCAGGACACCUCUCAGCGGGCGGCCGCUCCUGGGCCUGCCGAAGCCCCGUCGCAGGUGCCGGCGACGGUGCCGGCGCCGGUGCCGGCCCAGAAGCCGCCGGCGGACCUCUUCAAGGCCAUCUUCGACGACUCGAGCAGCGACUCGGAGGCCGAGCCGACCGCCGUGACGUCAGGAGCCGCGGCGCUCACCCGCCCCACGGCGUCGGCGUUCUUCGAUCAGGCGCCGCCGGCCGCCGUCAAGAAGGCUGGUUUCAGCCUGUUCGACAACGUCAACCUGGACGAGCUGAACAGCUGGCGGCGGAGCAGCGAGCUGCCGGCGCGGCUGGCUGACGCCCCGCAGCCGCCGGUCGUCGUCGCACCGCCGCCGGCAGAGCCAUCUGACGACGAGUACGGUCCCAAGCUCCCGCCGCGUCCGCCGGGCGGUGGUGCUGCGUCCCGCCCGCUGGUGCCGGAGGGGCACCGCGAUAGUGAUGGAGGCGAGUGGAAGGAGAAGUCACCCGGCCGGCACAAAAAGAAGAAGAAGCACAAGAAGAGCGAGAAGAAACGGAAGAAAAGUAAGAAGCGUGCGAGUGAUGAUUCGGACUCGAGUGAUCUGGAUGGUGAGCUGCUGAACAAGCUCAGGGAAGUGGCAACGAAAAAGAAGAAAAAGAGCUCGCAUCGUUGACAUCAUGGAAUACAACAUAACGGGGCCGUG